AAGAUGUCGCUAAAAUGCAAAAAUCUGAUAAUUUAGUAUCAGUAGACGAAGGAUGAAUUUUCUCGGAAAUUUGAUAAUCUUUCAUUUAGAUUACUUUAGUGCUAUUAAGUUUGUAUCCAGUUGGUGCCUAUUUUUCUAUUUUUGAAGUUUUAUAAAUAUCACGUUUCUUUCUGCAAUACUUCAGAUCACACCUAAUUUAAGAAUUAUCUUUCAAUUGUCAAUAUAAGUGUUAUACAAUAUUGUUAAAAUGAGCAAUCAAAAGACAGUGCCAACUUCAAUAAACUUCCUUUUUGGGGGAACAGCAGGAAUGGCUGCAACAUGUGUUGUUCAACCAUUAGAUUUAAUAAAGAAUCGAAUGCAAUUAAGUGGUACUAAAACAUCGACAAUAAGUGUAAUAUCCUCAAUUUUGAAAAAUGAAGGUGUCUUAGCUUUAUAUUCGGGUUUAUCAGCUGGUUUAUUGCGUCAAGCUUCAUAUACAACUACCAGACUUGGUACAUAUGAAUGGCUGUCUCAAUUAACAUCAAAAGACAGUCAACCAAAUUUUAUUAUGAAAGUAUUGAUAGGUUGUACUGCUGGUUGUGUAGGAGCAUUUGUCGGUACUCCUGCUGAAGUUGCCUUAAUUAGAAUGACUGCUGAUGGUAGACUACCUAUUGCUGAGAGACGCAAUUAUAAAAAUGCAUUUAAUGCAUUAGCUCGAAUAGUGAAAGAAGAAGGCUUUUUAGCAUUAUGGAGAGGUACUAUUCCAACAAUGGGAAGAGCUAUGGUUGUAAAUGCAGCUCAAUUGGCAUCAUAUUCUCAAUCUAAAGAAAUGUUACUUAAUACUGGAUAUUUCGAAAACAAUAUUACAUUACACUUUGUAAGCUCUAUGAUAUCAGGUUUAGUAACCACUGCUGCUUCUAUGCCAGUUGAUAUUGCUAAAACAAGGAUUCAAAAUAUGAAAGUUGUGGAUGGUAAACCAGAAUUUAAGGGUGCAGUAGAUGUUAUAAUUCAGGUGUGUCGAAAUGAAGGAAUAUUUUCAUUAUGGAAAGGUUUCUUUCCUUAUUAUGCUCGCUUAGGUCCACAUACUGUUUUGACAUUUAUUUUUGUAGAACAAAUGCGCAAUUUUUACAAAACAUAUGCUUAUUCAUACAGUUCUUAAUACACAAUCACAUUAAAUCUUAAAAUCAUAAAAAAGUUUUAAGUAGUUUUUUUUGUAUAUGUAUCUCUUAUUUUAUAUCUAACCUUUCCAAGUUCUAUGUAUGUUUAGAAUGAAUGUUCAUUCCUUUAGUAUAAUUCAGUAUAAUUUUUGUUUGUGUCUCUAUAUUUGAUGAAUAUUGUAUCAUUUUUACACACUCGCACAAUAUUUAUUAAUUUUGGAUAUUUUAAGUGUUGGAUACCUUGAUAAGUUGUACAAAUUUGAAUUUAAAGUUCGUGAAGAAUUAGGUUACAUACAUAUGUACUUAAGUACAUAUACAUAUGUAACUAAUUUUAACAUACAGAUUACGUUGACGAACAAGUCUUCUUAAUGUUACGCGAAAACAAUACAUUCUAUCAACACAUUCUUCACAGAUAAAGAAUCGUUUGAUACGAUUUUUAUUUUUUUAUUUGUUGUUACUAUAAAAAUUGUAUAUUUUAUUAUUUCAUAUUUAUAUGUAUAAAAACCUGUUAUUACAAGAUUAUAAAUCAACAUUUACAAUAAAUAUCAUUUUAUAAAAUUUGAGAUUGUAAAUGAAACAUUGAAACUUACAAAUAGUUAGUAACGUAUAGUUACUAUCAGUUUUACAUCUAUAUAUACUACUCAAAUUGUACAUAUAAUUGUUGAAUAAACGAGAAAAGUUACUUUUGUGUAUAUUAAUGCGUUCUUCAGUGAGAGGUGAAAUAGCAAUGUUUUUCCCGAAAGACCCAUUUGAUAGUGGGUCUGGCAUUUGAUAGAUUAACAUGUAAAAUCAGGGUGAAGUAAUUUAUUAUUACGUGACAUUAUGUUUACCGCAAUGAAAUUGAAACAUU